GAAGAAGUAAAUUCAGUUCAACAACAGAGGCAAAGGCAGCACAACUUCACCACUGAGGAUCAUAUUUGGAUAGUUUUUUGGAUACAUAAUGCCCUACUACGAGGAGGAACGUCGCCAUCACCACCAUCAUCAUCAUGGAGGAAGGCCAAUUGUGGAGGUGGACAUUGUGCCGCCGAGGAUCCCGCGGCCGGUGAUCGAGAUCGGAGUGGGUGGGCGCUAUCCACCUCCGCCCCCCAGGGUGGAGGUCAUCACCCCAGCCAACGUCUACCAGCCCCCACCACGCCCCAUCAUCGAGGUCGAUGUGGUGCCCCCAAGUCGUCCCUUCAUCGAGUUCAACAUCGGGGGUCGGCGUCCUCCGCCCAGGGAGGAGGUCAUCAUCGUCCAGCAGCCCCCACCGCCCAGGUGGUAGGCGUGGUCCUACUUAGGGACUCUGAACAGAGUGAACAAUCAAAAUAAUACUUUAAAUUUCCAUCGUAUUCCGUUAACAAAUAAUGUAUUUUAACCUUAAUAAAAACAAAUAAAUAUUAUAAUAACAAA